GAAAAACAUAAAUAGGAAAGAAAGGGUGGUUAAAUGCGGGAGGUAUGGAAGUAUUUUGGAGAGUUGAGGUUGGUCGGAUUCACAUAAGCAGCCGAAAGCUCGUCCCCUAUGAGCUUCUAUGAUAAGGUAAUAUUAGACCCAAAAGUCCAACUUUUUACACGCUGCUCUGUCUUUCACUUUUGACUUUCGUAAUUUUGAGUGUGUGAGAGUGAUGGUCAGUCUGAAUUCGACUCCAAUGUGAAAAGGGAGUAAUGGGUUUUUGUGGGUUUUGGUAAAAAUUCAGAAAUGAAUGAUAAUUUGAUAGAGUUGAUUAUGGUGGUUGAAAGAAAAUUGGUAAUUAGAUAUGAUUAGGAGAAUACGAACAAGAUGGUUGAUGGGUCGUAGCUCAUCCAAGAGCCUCACCAACAAUUCUCAGCUAAGCUCGGAGGAGGACACUAACACAGCUUCUGAGAGUCUGCACGAAGUUGCUAUUUACAUUCAUAGGUUUCACAAUCUUGAUCUUUUCCAACAAGGAUGGUAUCAGAUUAAGGUUUCUAUGAGGCUGGACCAUACCGAAUAUAAGUCUGUUGGAACUCCGGCUCGAGUUGUUCAAUAUGAAGGUAAUGAGCAAGGCUCUGUAGAUGCAUAUGGAGUUUGGACGAUUGACGACGUUGAGAACAGUUUUUCAACACAGCCCUUUUUCAUCAAAUAUGCAAAGCAGGAUGUUUUUCUGUCUAUCAUGAUCUCCUUCGUCCUGUCUCUUCAUGCAAAUGAGGGUCCAUCAACAGCUGGCGUUGUUUUGAAGUUUGAGCUCAUGUACACCUCUGUUUUGAAUAACGGGACUGAGUUACACAAUUCUUUAAACGCAUGCCCUGUUGCAGUUCAUGAAUUUAGACUUCCUCCUAAAGCACUUUUGGGGCUGCAUUCUUAUUGCCCGGUACAUUUUGAUGCUUUUCAUGCUGUCCGUGUUGAUACAAGUGUACACAUUAUAAUGGUAAAAGCUUCUUGGACACCCCUCUUCAAGGUAUUGCGUCCAGCGGGUUCUGUAGAUAAUAAACAGAUCUUGCCUAUGAAAGAACUAAUAGCUGCACGUGAAAUACUUCUUGAUGACCUACAAAGAAUUAGCAGAGCUAUUGACCAAGUGAUUGACUUGAGUAGCUCUGUUCCUAAUCUGGAAAAUACAAAGUUUGGUUUCAUUAUACAGUCAAAUAUGGGUGGUCUAGAGGAAGUUCUACAAGUGUCGCACAAUUCACAAAAUGGAGUUAAGAAAUCAAACAGUAUCUCUGAUCUUCGAAGUGAUGGAUUGCUGCACUCCGUGUCUUCAGAUGAUCUAUUCGACUCUUUGCAUUUUCUGGGGGACCAAAUUUUGCAUUUGUGGAACACAUUCUUGAUGUUUCAUAGGGCUAACAAGACAAAGAUUUUAGAAUUUCUUCGUGAUGGUUGGGCUGAUGGUCGGCGAGCUGAAUGGUCAAUAUGGAUGAUUCAUUCCAAGGUUGAGAUGCCACUUGAUUAUUUGAACAGUCGGAUUGACGCACCUUCCUUUAAUCUCCAUGGAAAAUCAUUGAGUCACUGGAACUUCUCUGGCGAUCCUGUUCAGACUGCAAGUAUCCGCGCGGAACUUCACCGGCAAAGUAUUGCAAAAAUGAGGAUUAACAGUCGGUCACUUCAAGACAUGCAUAUGUAUGGAGACCCUUUAUGCGUUCCUAUCAUAAUUGUGGAGCAUGUCAGUGAUGCACCAUUGCAUAAUCACAAUGGGAAUCCAUGCAUCAGCCAUUUGAACGAGAAACAUAUGCAUGAUAUCCCUGCUGCAACUAAAUUUGGAGCUGUGAAACAAUCAACUGGCAGAAGCUUGCAACUGCAUGGACUUGUUCUAAAAAUUGUUGUGUUUGUACAUGGUUUCCAGGGUAAUCAUCUGGAUUUGCGGCUUAUUCGUAAUCAAUGGCUGUUAAUAGAUCCCAAGAUACAUUUUCUCAUGUCAGAGGCAAAUGAAGACAAAACAUAUGGUGAUUUUAGAGAAAUGGGGCUAAGAUUGGCACAGGAAGUGGUAGCUUUCACGAAGAGGAAGAUGGACAAGGCCUCCAGAACUGGAAACUUAAAUAGCAUAAAGCUUAGCUUUGUUGGACAUUCCAUUGGAAAUAUAAUUAUAAGAGCUGCACUGACAGAGAGCAUCAUGGAACCAUAUCGGAGAUUCUUAUACACGUAUUUUUCUUUGUCUGGUCCACACCUGGGGUAUAUGUACUGUUCAAACUCGUUAUUUAACUCUGGGUUGUGGCUCUUGAAGAAGCUUAAGGGUACACAGUGUAUUCAUCAGCUUACUUUCUCAGAUGAUCCAGAUCUUAUGAACACAUUCUUAUACAAACUUAGUAAGGAGAAAACGCUAGAGAACUUCAAAAAUGUCAUCCUGGUAUCUUCGCCACAGGACGGUUAUGUUCCCUAUCACUCUGCCAGAAUUGAAAUGUGUCCGGCAUCUUUCUUAGACUACUCAAAAAGGGGUAAAGUGUUCUGGGAAAUGCUCAAUAAUUGCUUGUCGCAAUUACAAGCACCUUCUACUGAUCAGCGUAUCUUCAUGCGAUGCGAUGUCAACUUUGAUACUUCUUCUCAUGGCAGAAAUCUUAACACCAUAAUUGGAAGAACUGCUCAUGUUGAGUUCCUGGAAUCCGACAUUUUUGCAAGGUUGAUAAUGUGGUCUUUUCCACAACUCUUUCGUUAACCUGAAUGAAGAAUCCAUUCUCACAGUGGCUUCCAACUUCUCAACUCCGGCUUCCGACUUGGGCAUAUCCGAGUGAUGGAAAAUUCUCACUCCCAGAAGUAAAUGUCUGGAGCCGGUUUGCCAGGUUUCUAAAAGUAGUGAUCUUCAAAUCUGGCGCACAAAUGCUGACUGAUGCUCGUAAAAAUCAGGGAGAUACGCAGUGACAAAGUUCGGCUAUUGUUGUAACAAGAAUUUUAGAAGCAGAAGGAAUAUGUAUAUAUAGCAUUCAGUAUUUAUUCAAUCAUCUAACCUUGUAUCCUUUUUAGUAGUAUUUAAUUACAUUACAGUGAAAACAGUUAAAUAGAAUCAUGGAGGCUUCAUAAUGUAGACUUCAGGACUUGUAAGAUUAUGAGUUGGACAAAGCAGUAGAAAGGGACUUUUUUUUAUAGCACAAGUUUUAUGAGCUCCUUCAA